UUGAAAUGGAAAUAAAAGGCGAUACAGACCAAGAACAGAUUAUCGAUAACCUACAAAAAUGGUUUGAAGAUAAUACAAAAUUACCCAAUAAAAUUGAUCGGCUUGUCCUCACCCGAUUCUAUUUUUGUAUGAACAAAAAUGUUGAAGAAACCAAAGAGCUGUUAGAAAUUAAUUAUUCCUUGCGUAAUAAAUAUCCUGAACUAUUUAUAAAACGAGAUCCUGAAGAUGAAGAUACACGAAAUACCUACGCUUUCACUUACAUGGUUCCCCUGCCUGGAUUAACUCACAGAAAUUAUCGAGUAACUUAUGUUCGCUUUAAAAAUCCCGAUCCCAAAAUGAUGCACUUUAGUCAAGAUGCCAAAACACUGCUUAUGAUUGGUGAUUGUCGCUUCACCAUGCCCGAUGCUGUGAUCAAUGACAUUCCCGUUGUGGCCGAUGGUGAUAUUCUUGUCAUGGAUAUGGAAGGCUAUCGCAUGCAACAUGUCGCAGGAGUUUCGUUGAGAACGUUACGGAUAUUUUUGAAAUUUUUACAACAGGCCUAUUCUGUACGGAUAAAAGGGCUGCAUUUCAUAAAUUGUCCAUCUUAUUUGAAUAAAAUUAUGGCCGUAGUUAAGCCGUUUAUUAGCAAGGAAGUCUAUGAUAUGAUGCACUUCCAUGUCACUGGUUUGGAUACCUUAUAUGCCCACGUACCUCGUGACAUUCUUCCCGAAGAAUGUGGUGGUUUAGCGGGUAAAAUUGAGGACUUAAGUGAUCUGUUUUAUAAACAGCUGUUAUCCAAAAGAGACUAUUUAAUGGAUCCGAAAUAUUGGGUUAUCGAAAAACAAUAA